UGGAACUAUUUUGGAGUGUUUUUACUCAGCCAUAGUCUUUAAACUGUACGCAGUUUGUUGUUGUUUAUUAGUUUACUCCUCUGUACAAACUCUUUUAAAGGUUUAGGAGUAUUUGAACCCUCAGCUGCUUACUACUCUGACUUUGUCGGAUAAAUGGGAAAAAGGAGGCAGAACACGUCUGUAAUGAUGCUGAAAAGGACCAAAAGGAAUCACGUGACCCUCGGGAAUUCAUUGUCACGUGUUUUGUUUGAGUGACAGUGUUGGCGCCAUUUCUUUCAAGCGGGUCACGUGACCACGAGGUCAGACAUGAAUCCAGACAUACAAGCAGAGCGACAAAAGGCCACAUUUGACGUGGAGAAACUCACCCACAUUUUGAACGGAGGCCCAGAAAAGACCAGAAGAAGACGAGAAAUCGAGUCCUUGGUCAUAAACGACCCAGACUUUAGAGAGGAGGACCCAAACUUUCUCUCCCGCAGCGAGCGCUAUGACCAAGCUGUUAGAAAAAGUGCCCAAAUGAUCCUGAAGAUGAGAGAGUUUGGCAUCGCGGACCCAGAGGAGAUCUACUAUUACAAAAGCAUGUGUCGGGGCAACUUUCACGAGGCUAUGGGACUACACUUUGUCAUGUUCCUCCCAACCCUGUAUGGCCUUUGUGACCCUGAGCAGUCCAAGAAAUGGUUACCAAUAGCGCAGUCCUACCAGGCCAUUGGCACGUACGCUCAAACUGAGAUGGGUCACGGCACACACCUCCGAGGACUGGAGACCACCGCCACGUUUGACCCGGCCACACAGGAGUUCAUCCUGAACAGUCCCACUGUCAGCUCCAUCAAAUGGUGGCCUGGAGGCCUUGGCAAGACGUCAAACCACGCCAUUGUUCUUGCCCAGCUUUCCACUCGGGGAGAUUGCCACGGUCUGCACGCUUUCAUUGUACCUAUCCGUGACAUGGACACACACAAGCCCCUGCCUGGUAUUGUUGUUGGGGAUAUCGGACCCAAAUUUGGUUUUAAUGAGGUGGACAAUGGCUUCUUAAAACUUGACCAUGUACGGAUACCACGAGACAACAUGCUCAUGAAAUACGCCAAGGUGGACCCGGAUGGAACCUACAUCAAGCCUCCCAGUGCCAAGCUGACUUACGGCACCAUGGUUUUCAUCCGCUCCAUGAUUGUAGGCGAGUCUGCUCGCGUCCUCGCCAAGUCCAGCACCAUCGCCAUCCGCUACAGCGCCGUGCGCCACCAGUCGGAGAUCCGUCCCGGAGAGCCAGAGCCCCAGAUCCUGGAGUACCAGACGCAGCAAUACAAACUGUUCCCCGUGCUCGCCAUGGCUUAUGCCUUCACUUUUGUCGGCCAGUACAUGAAUGACACGUACCACCGCAUCACCGCAGAUAUCCACCAGGGGGACUUCAGUCAGCUUCCAGAGCUCCACGCCCUGUCUGCAGGCCUGAAGGCUUUCACCACGUGGGCGGCCAACUCUGCCAUCGAGGUGUGCCGCAUGUCGUGUGGCGGUCACGGCUACUCCCGCAGUAGCGCCUUGCCGGACAUUUACGUGGAGUUCACCCCGACCUGCACUUACGAAGGAGAGAACACGGUCAUGAUGCUACAGACGGCCAGAUACCUGAUGAAGAGCUACCGGCAGGCUAGAACAGGUCAGCGGCUCCAUGGCAUGGUAUCAUACCUCAAUGAGUCCCAGCUCCCGAGGGUCCAGUCCCAGCUGGUCGCAGCAAGAUCCACCGGUGUGGACACGGAGGACCUGUCCGGCUUGGCGGAGCUCUACAAACUACGAGCCGCCACUCUGGUGGAGCUGGCAGCCAAGAGCAUCCAGAAGGAGCUGCAGCAAAGGAAGAGCCAAGAGGACGCCUGGAACAAUAGUGCUAUCGACCUGGUCGCAGCCUCCCAUGCCCACUGCCACUAUGUGGUGGUCAAGCUGUUUACUGACAAGCUGGGGGAGAUUGAUGCUGGCCCCAUCCACUCAGUGCUGUCCACGCUGGCUCGCCUCUAUGCUCUUCAUGGCAUCAUCAACAACUCUGGAGACUUCCUACUGGCGGAGCUGUUGACCGGCUCCCAGGUGCUGCAGAUUUCCGCCCGUCUCAAGGAGCUGCUCUCCGAGCUGAGACCGAACGCCGUGGCGCUGGUAGAUGCCUUUGAUUUCCACGACCAGAUGCUGAAGUCAGUGUUGGGGCGCUACGACGGGAACGUCUACGAGCACAUGUUUGAGUGGGCCCGCCGCUCACCCCUGAACGCCACUGAGGUGCAUGAGUCCUUUGAGAAGUAUCUGAAACCUUUGAGGUCCAAACUGUGAGAUGAAGAGCCCACAAAGUCUACUAAUUCUGUAUCAGCGACUCCCUGAAUGACGAGGGAAGGAAAGGUUUUCCUUGGUGUGUAAAUAGGAUCUUUUAAAUAAUACUUCAUGGACUCUACAAUUGAAUUAUGUCAGAUGUCAUUAUUUCUUGUCCAAGCUUUGCUGCGCUGGCCUUUUUCCCCUCAGUUGUGCUAUUCAGAACCAAACUUUAGUAAGAAUGUUCCA